UCAGUUGGAGUGGGGGAUUCAGGAGCGCAGCAUCGUCUCGCUCUCACACGGGCGCACCGCCUCGCCUGUUUCUUUGAUCCGCGCCUCGUGUUGCACUCACCCGCUUUACUGCCAUUUUACGCGGAUACAACGUUUUAAGGGAGAGAAAAGGCACACGCACACGUAUAUGGUCCUUGCUGAAGAUUCCACGAUGUCUCGCACCGACGAGGUUCACCGCUUGACGGAAAAUGUUUACAAGACCAUCAUGGAGCAGUUCAACCCCUGCUUACGGAACUUUGUUGCCAUGGGGAAGAACUAUGAGAAAGCCCUCGCCAGUGUGACGUUUGCUGCCAAAGGCUACUUUGAUGCUCUGGUCAGAAUGGGUGAACUGGCCAGUGAAAGUCAAGGAUCCAAAGAUUUGGGGGAUGUGCUGUUCCAGAUGGCUGAGGUCCACAGACAGAUCCAAGUGCAGCUAGAGGAGAUGUUGAAAUCCUUCCACAACGAGCUGCUCUCUGAGCUGGAGAAGAAGGUGGACCUGGAUGCUCGUUAUCUGACUGCUGCCCUUAAGAAAUACCAGAUGGAGCACAAGAGCAAAGGGGAGAGUUUGGAGAAAUGCCAGGCUGAACUGAAGAAGCUGCGCAGGAAGAGUCAGGGCAGCAAGAAUCCUUCCAAAUAUGGAGAGAAGGAGAUGCAGUAUGUGGAGACCAUCAGCAGUAAGCAGACCGAGCUGGACACCUUCAUCGCUGAGGGAUACAAGACGGCCUUGUCCGAGGAGCGUCGCAGGUACUGCUUCCUGGUGGACCGCCAGUGUGCCGUGGCGAAGAACAGCAGUGCCUACCAUGGCAAGGGCAAAGACCUUCUGACCCAGAAGAUUCCAGUGUGGCAACAGGCCUGCUCAGACCCCAACAAGCUGCCCGAGAGGGCCAUGCUCCUCGCCCAACAGAUGGGCUCUGCCGCCCUCGGGGGCACGAGCCCGCUGCAUACAUCCAAAUCCAACCUGGUCAUCUCUGACCCCAUCCCUGGAGCCCAGCCUCUUCCUGUGCCGCCAGAGCUGGCCGUCUUCAUGAGUGGUGGCCUUGGACACUCUGGGCGGCUGAUGGGCCCUGAUGGUAUGUCCAUGGUCAAUGGGACAACAGGAGUCCACGGAGAGGAAUAUUGGACAGAUGGGGGGACGAUGUCUGUGUCUCAAGUCAGGCCUUCAUCCCCUCAGACCCAGGCACAGGGCCAGGCCCAGUCCCAGCCUCAGAGACAGGUCAGCGAUGUCUACUCCAAUACCCUCCCAGUUCGCAGGCCUGCCCCCGCUAAGAAUAAGAACCCCGUGGGUGAGACACGGACCCUACCCAGAUCCAGUUCCAUGGCGGCGGGCCUGGAGAAGAACGGCCGCUCCCGCGUCCAGGCCAUCUUCUCCCACGCCGCCGGCGACAACAACACCCUGCUCAGCUUUGCCGAGGGCGACGUCAUCACCCUGCUCGUGCCCGAAGCCCGUGACGGCUGGCACUAUGGAGAGAAUGAGAAGAACAAGAUGCGUGGCUGGUUCCCGUUCUCCUACACGCGCGUGCUGCCCGAGAGCGACAGUGAGAAGCUCAAAGUGAAUUUGCACCAUGGGAAAAGUAGCAGCACGGGGAACUUGUUGGAGAACGACGGGUCGCUGCCCACACCCGACUACGGCCUGACUGCUCGACUGCUGGCACAGAGUCUAGCGCAGACCCGUCCGCGCCCCUACAGCAUGGCAGCAGGCUUUGCCACGCAGCCUGCCAUUGAGGAUUAUGACGGCCGCUUUGCCACAAGUUUGGGUCCAGAAUUGUCCCGGUUCUGAGGGAACAGGACCUCCUGACCGUUCCCUGGAGGUCUACCUCCGGCCCACCUUCACUGAUGACCGAUCUGCACCCAUCUUCUACUAGCGGCCUGCGGUCCCCCUUUCUGUGGUCACUUAUUUACAAAAGAGGUGCAAACGCUGACAUGCUUAAGCCCCGGGUAAAGAAAAAGUAAAAAUCACCUCACAGGGCCGUGUUACUCUUCUAAGAAACUAGUUCAUUUACCGAGGAAAUUCACUCACAGGGCUUCCAGGUAAUUCUUGUGAUGUUUUUGCUUUGACGCCUCCACAAACACUGAAUGUCCAAACCUGAACAUAUGAGUGUAAAGUGCGGCCGUAGAGUUUUUAAAUAUUUAGAUCUCACUGGUUGUGGAUAAGGUAUGGCUUAUAGGUUUUCCUAGUGAUGAUGUUGCGUUACUGUUAUUAUUUAUCUGCACUUCUACUGUGGGAUUUCUUUUGUUUUGUUCCUUUCUUUCUCAACACUGUAUAUUACAUUUGAGGAUCAUUCGCGUUAACGAGCAGUCGAGGCGCUCUCAAUCUAAGAUGGUCGGCUGUAGUUUUCAGUGAAUCACUGUAAUCGACACUGAUGACACAACGUUGAAGCUAAAAGGAGACGGUUGCUUGGUAAGCUGUAAUUCUGCUUUUGCUGAGUGACAUAGCACUAUACAGUACCGUGUGCUUUCUAGUUUUGAAACAGUACACCCAGCAUUUCAAAGUGGGAACUGUGCCUUUUCUUUCUUCUUUUUCCUUUUUUUUCUUUCCCAUUUUUAUGUAAACAAUAGGCUCCAUGCAGGAUUGGGUUAAUCACAUGGACACUGGGAUUAUCUCCCACCUUUUUGUUUUGCUUGUAAAUUCACUUUUCAGAAAUACAGUGCAUACCUAGUGUGUUUUUUUUGUUUUUAAAAAAAUAUAUAUUUAGCUUUAAGGGAGUGGUAGUUUAUCAGAUAAGGCACAGUAUUAUAGCUUUGGAUCUUUCUCAGUAUUAUACACUCAUCUGGGAGGAGAGCUGGAGGAAGAGGUAUUUAUACGCACGCGUGUGUGUGCGUGUGUGUGCGUGUGUGUGUGUGUGUGGAGACAGCCGUGGAAAUAUGUAUGCGAUGGAAGUGCGAGAGUGUGUGAGGAUGGGAAAAGUGAGUUCCUCUUAGCCAGCAGUCACAAAACAAUGGAUGAGUCUUUUACACUGAGGGAUAUGAUCAUGCUUUUUAUUACACAGCACCGAGUUUCCAAUGCAUUUUUUUUUUAACAACUUUUAUAUAGCUUUAAUUUUUUGUCCAUUUCUCACCUCUUGUCCCCUUGUUUGUAUUAUAUCUGUACUGUACAGAAAGUGCAUCUAAAUUAUCCUGUCCAAAAUAAAUCUAAAUGGGCACAAACAUCA